CCCACACACCCUCAGUUACAUACUCUUCCAAUCCUCAGCAGCCUCAGGGAGAUACACUCGACAAGACCAAAAUUCCAGAAUCUACCCAUCAGAGAAAUUCCUCACAACAGCACAGGUUACUGCCCAGGAUGGCGGGGAUGAAGGAAAAGCAGUUCCCUGAGGAAAAGCCCUUGCUCCCUGAGCAGCGAGGAACUGAUCCAGACUUGCAGGAGAAAGGAGAAGAGGCAUCAGGAGGGCAGCCAUGCCCUUCGAGCCUGAAGCCCUUUAACAACCCCGCUUCCCACAGUCGUCCUACUCAUCGUUGGCAUGUCAUCGCACGGCACUGGCUCCGCCAGACCCGCCAUCGGACGAGCGGGACCCUUCCGGAGAGCUGUGAACAACUGAUGCCAGUAGGCGAUUGGAAGGAACAUGAUGUUGAGACCCCUUAUGGGAUGCUGCAUGUGGUUAUCCGCGGGGCACCCAAAGGGAACAAGCCUGCUAUUCUCACCUAUCAUGAUGUGGGACUGAACCACAAGCUGUGCUUCAACACUUUCUUCAAUAAUGAGGAUAUGCAGGAGAUCACCAAGCACUUUGUGGUUUGCCACGUCGACGCGCCGGGACAGCAGAUUGGAGCGUCACAGUUGCCACAAGGGUAUCAGUAUCCCACUAUGGACCAGUUGGCUAGUAUGCUGUCCACUGUGGUGCAGCAUUUUGGAUUCAAGAGUAUCGUUGGGAUUGGCGUUGGAGCUGGAUCGUACAUCCUGGCCAAGUUUGCUCUGAUCUUCCCUGACCUUGUGGAGGGUUUGGUUCUGCUCAACAUUGACCCCAAUGGCAAAGGUUGGAUUGACUGGGCUGCCACAAAGCUGUCAGGACUGACAAGCGCCCUGCCAGAUACUGUACUGCCACAUCUUUUCAGUCAGGAGGAGCUGAUGAACAACACCGAGCUGGUGCAGAGCUACCGGCAACAGAUCAACAACACCAUCAACCAGUUUAACCUGCAGCUUUUUUGGAACAUGUAUAACAGUCGGAGGGAUUUGGAGAUGAACCGCAGCGGGACUGUGCUGAAUGCUAAAACCCUGAAGUCUCCGGUUAUGUUGGUUGUGGGGGACAAUGCCCCUGCGGAGGAAGGAGUGGUUGAGUGCAACUCCAAGCUUGACCCUACAAACACCACCUUCCUAAAGAUGGCUGACUCUGGUGGACUACCCCAGCUUACACAGCCUGGGAAGCUCACUGAAGCAUUCAAGUAUUUCCUUCAAGGAAUGGGCUACAUCGCUUAUGUGAAGGAUCGGAGGUUGAGUGGAGGGCCAGUGCCUUCCGCCAGUAUGACUCGUCUGGCUCGCUCCAGGACCGCCUCCCUGACAAGCGCCAGCUCCAUGGACGGGUCGCGCUCUCGUGCCUGCACCCACUCCGACAGCACCGAGGGAGUUGGUGCAGUCACCCACACUAUGGAGGUUUCCUGCUGAAGUGUCAAAAGAAGAGGGGAGGAGGGGGUGGAGGGUACAGAGAGAAGCCAUAGGGGGCAACAGUAAAGAAGCCCGUAUUAGGGUAUUAAACAGUUAAUCGGAUAGGAUGAAGUAAAUACCCAUGAUCGCUCUCUCUGUCUUCAUCCUCUAGAUCCCUUAUCUGCUACCUUCUAUCUUCCUAUUGUAAAAGAUGUUAAUGUACAGUUACGGUCAGAAGUAUAAAGUACAUAACUCAUGGGGCAUGAAUGUCAUCUUAAUUUUGUACUUUUAUUGAUUUUUUUUUUUCUUUAUCAAGGGUGGAAUAAUUAAUCAAUCGAAAAUACAUCUUCAAUGAGUUUUGAAAACAAGAAUCUAAGAUAUACAUCCAUCAUUCCAUCCAUUUUCUCUACCGCUUAUCCUCAGUAGGGUCGCGGGCUGUGCUGGAGCCUAUCCCAGCUAUCUUCGGGCGGGAGGAGGGGUACACCCUGAACCGGUCGCCAGCCAAUCGCAGGGCACAUAGAAAAAACAACCAUUCGCACUCACAUUCACACCUACGGGCAAUUUAGAGACUUCAAUCAACCUACCACGCAUGUUUUUGGCAUGUGGGAGGAAACCGGAGUGCCCGGAGAAAACCCACCCAAGCACGGAGAUAACAUGCAAACUCCACACAGGCGGGGCCUGAACCCCAGUCCCCAGAAUUCUGAGGUAGAUGUGCUAACCAGUCGUCCACCGUGCCGGCUAAGAUAUACAUACCUAAAUCUUUCUAUAAAAGUUUUGAUGAAGGUUCGAGAAUGUCUUUCAAAUUGACAGGGCCAAAGCCGUAUUAACUUCUUGCUGUGCAUCGUCAUGGAAUGCAGCAGGUCGUUUCUCUUUGCCAGCAUAAAAAUGAGUUGUAUGUCAGUACCCAUUGGAUUGACCAAAACUCAGAAACUUGGGAAUCAGAUCCAAUGAACUUGGCAAAGAUCAAAGAAGAAGAGAAAAUUGUUAACUUGUUAAGGGAAACUUAACCAAUAUUAGUGGGGUUUGUAGCCUUCUAUGUAUAAUUUUGACUUGUGGAUCAGAGAAAUUCAAAAUAAAUUUAAAUAAGGACCCAAUUCUUGCUUUUAAAACUCAUUGAAGAUGAAAAGUUCAAAUCAUUCAUUCAAUAUCCCAAAUGUAUGAUACUCAUGCCCAUGAUGAGUGUUUGCAAUCUUCUAAUCGCAACUUUAUAUUGCUAUAGCCCCUUUCACCUUUGUAAUACAUUCCCCUCAAACUCAAUCUUGUUGCCCAGCAUUUAAAUUUGUACUCUUGACCAUCUCAUAGUUGUUUUCUAAGUAUUCCCUUAUUGGCUUGAACCCCUUUCACCCCCCCCCCCCCCCCCCCCCCCCCCCUCCAACACAUAAACACAGACACAUCAACCGUCUCUGUAGCCAUAUUCAAUAAAGAGCUUCUGAAGUAAUGAUAUGAAAAGGAGAAUGCGAAGAAGUCAAAGAACAUGUACGGGGUGCUAAAAUCUGUUUUGUAUCAGCACUUUACACAGUGGUCAUAGGAUGUCCAGAAUUUGACAGACUGCAGAACACAACCAACUAUGUUGUCCCAGGGGUGCUUAGAAUUGUGUGUAAUUGUAAGCUUGUUAGGGAACAACACACGCACACACACACACAGUGAUAGGCCCAUAACAAGGACAGCUUUCCCCGUUUGGCCAAGUUGAGCAAACGUCAUCGGACUGUCCCUGCAGUAAGCACACCGAGCAAGAGGAUUUUUUGCUCUAGCUGGAAAUACCAUCAUGACACAUCAGGCGAGCCUUCAGCCAGCCCAUAUCAAUGCUCCUGUGUUCUAAUGAAUAUAGUUCAUUUCCAAGCAUUCCCUCAUCCUUUGAUUUUUUAUUUUUUUUUAAAUUAUAGCACUGUACUGAAAAUAGAUCAGUGAUCUCAUCAACGACUAGUUGACGUCGACUUGACUUUCAUCACAUUAGUGUCAACUUGACAAAAAUCUGAGGUCGUGCAACCCUUUCUGUGUGUACUACCACUACAGGCUAAAGUCAGCUCAUCAUUUUUAUUUACUUGUUUUGAAUGACAUAUUUGCCAAAAAUGUGGCGCAACUAUAGCCAUGUACAAUAUAUUCAUCAAAAACACAAUUUUCCUGAUUUCCACAGUGAAAUAACAAUGCAUGAUUUGUGAGCUGAUGUUUAUACAUUAUGAUCGCAUCCUGAACAGAUAUUAACUUGACAUGGAAUUUAUUUACGCUGUUACUGAGAGCAGCUUUAAGAUAUAUGCCAUUCUAAGUCUAAGAAAUCCAUAACAGUAAUAUAGUAUAGAAUUGUAUUUUGUAACAUCUAUAUGUACGUGAUGUCUAAUCUUAGGGUGCUUUAGUAUAUAUAUAUAUAUAUAUAUAUAUAUAUAUAUAUAUAUAUAGUCUAGUGUUAGGGUAUACAGUACAAUGUUAGACCUCACAUGUGGUUACUUUAUAGAGCCAUGUUUGUAACUAGCAUCAUCAGUCUGUAACUCCACUGCAUGGUUGUGGUUCUGGUUGUAGUCAACUCUGUGUGGUCCCCACGAUGACAAUCGCAUUCUGAUCCAAACCAAACAAGACCAGUGGGACUGAGGCCGAACCAGACUUGUCCCCUUCUUUUUGCUCGGUUGCCCACCACCAAAAAAAAUUAAAAAAUAAAAUCGAAACUUUUCCUUAUUGCAACUAGCCCCUCUCCUUAUAUGUACCAAAGUUACACAAACACACACGCACAUACACACUCCCACACAUAAAUAUAAGUAGAGUACUGAUACAAAAACUGCAUGGGCUGGGUGUUGAAAGGGAACUGAGACCAGGAAAAAAAGGCGUAAAAAGUCAUACAUUAGAUUAGUCAGUUUUGUGUGUGUGUGUGUGUGUGUGUGUGUGCUGUAUAACCAUAACCUCAUCAGUAUAGUACAUGUACAAUGUGUAUUUAGAGCUUUAGAGUAGGGAAGUUGUGUGCUGUUGCCUGCUCUUUUACUGGACCGCAACGGUUUCCCUGUUUAUUGGAUUAAUAAUGUCCAACGGCGAUGCACCGUAGUCACCAAUGUCUCCUGUUACGGAAAUCCCGUGGUCAGGUCAGUCAUAGCGUUCAAUUGCUGAGGUGUGCACAUCUCUGAGAUGGCCUGUGAGAAGCGGGGCUGUUUUGGAGCCAUUUGGGCGCCAAGCUCAGAAUGUAGGGCAACCCCCGACCACCUUGAAAAAAUUAUUCCCACUCCCUAAAAAAAGGUGCCCCGAUUCUCACAGGUGAACCCAGUUGCACCCUAAAGGGCUAUCAGCUGAAGUCACUUUUACGAAAACGUCUGCCACUGGAUGCGUUUCUGAGCACUGAGGGACUGACAAAGACAGAUAAGAGAAUGUGAUUUUAAUGAUGCUGGAGAGUAAAUUGACAUGGAAGGUUACAUUUUAAACUGUACAAUUCAUGUAAAUUCCCAUAUUCAUAUUCAUUAAAAAUGUGAAAUAGAGGCGUUAGGAUAGUAUAUUGCAUGGAAAACAAACACCUAAUUUUUUUGCAUGGAGUAGAGAGUUUGGACUGUAUAAAGACAUAAUUCAAGACAAACUGCCUAGGGGGCGGGGGGAUUACGGGGUAUGGUGUUCUCCUGAAUGUAUUUUGUCCCUUUUUUGAAGUGCUGUACAGUAUUGUCACCCCAAAACCUUAUCCUACCAGAAUUUCUACACUAUACUUUGUACAUUCAUGACGUCAUUAUUUCCCCUGUAAAAGUAGUGACGGUGACUUGUGCUUUGGCACUGAAGGAAUUUAGACUUUGGCCCUCCUUGCACUUGUAGAUAUUUUUUAUUUCUAGAGCAGGUUACUAACACCCAACACUGAUGUUACUUUAUCGUGAAAUUUCUGUUCUUGCCUUUGUGUUUUUAAACGCCAUCAGUAAGGUGAAACCUUAUAUUAGUAACGUGAUUAUUUGUUCAUGUGUAUUAAUACAGUUAUUCUUAUUACAGUCAUGUCAAUUGAGCAAUAAGUAUUUUUUCUUGUUUGGAGUGUUUCAUAAUGUCUUCCCUAUGAGCAGUCACAACAGUAGACAGAUUCUUACCUGCUUGGCUGUCAUGUGUAAUGUAAAGUUGAAAUAUGUUAUACAUACAAUAUAUAUACAACAUAAGCUGUCACUGUCCAUGUACUAACCAAGUAACAAUGCAUAAAUAAAGACCUAAUGUCAACAUUU